GCUAACGCUAUCUACUGAAACUUUGCCCUGUAGUGUGGGUGAAUCAAAUCUGAAAGUGAACAUAAUACCCCACCUGUGGUGUGGCUAGUCGUGACUUCCCUUUUCGGCGGUUCUAAAUUAACUGACUCGUUUUUAUUAGUAUUAUAUAUUUUUUAAAUCUUCGUUCAGACUGCAGCAGUUUGUGUGUCUGUGUGUCAACUGAAACAGGAUGCUAGCAAGUGUCGCUAGCAAACCACUGCAGGAAAUUAGCUCGCUACCUGAGACAGCCAGCUAAGUGGUAUUAUGAGUCUUCAUAUCUCCCUGUUAUGCUUUUACUUGUCUUAAAUAACCUGUGCGCAAUGGACACCGAGGGAAUAGUGAUCCGCAUUAAAACACCGUCUGGCGACAUGGACUCAUCCGUCGACUGUCCAUCUUCGUUGAACUUCAACGACUUGCUGGUUGCUAUCAGAGAUGUCAUGCCCGAAGCAACCAUCACUGCUUUUGACUAUGAAGAUGAGGUGGGGGAUAAAAUCACUGUAAGAAGUGAUGAAGAACUCAAAGCCAUGUUGUCAUAUUAUUUCAACACAGUAAAUGAACAACGAAUGAAUGGACUCCUGCCAGAUCCCCUCCAGAUAUUUCCACGAGCCGGCAAGACUCCAGGGAUCCGGAACAUACAUGGCCUGAAGGUGAAUACAAGACCUAACCCAGCGAAUGACUGUGCCCAUGCAGUCCCAGACCCCAUGGCCAACAACAGCCUGAAGAAGUCGUCUGCUGAGCUGAAGAGGAUUUUGACAAAUGGACAGAUAAAUGCCCAAGAUAUCCACUACCAAGAGCAGCUUGGCCAUGGAAACGGAGGCACAGUGUACAAAGCGUACCAUCCUCUUGGCAAUCGGAUCUUAGCAGUCAAGGUCAUUCCCCUAGACAUCACAGUGGAGCUGCAGAAACAGAUCAUGUCUGAGUUAGAGAUUCUCUACAAGUGUGAUUCCCCCUACAUCAUCACUUUUUAUGGUGCCUUUUUUGUGGAGAACAGGAUAUCCAUAUGCACAGAAUUUAUGGAUGGUGGUUCUCUAGACGUAUACAAGAGAGUUCCAGAGCACGUGCUGGGCAGGAUUGCAGUGGCGGUAGUCAGUGGCCUGACAUAUCUGUGGAGCCUGAAGAUACUUCACAGAGAUGUCAAGCCCUCCAAUAUGCUGGUGAACACCCGAGGACAAGUCAAGCUCUGUGACUUUGGUGUCAGCACGCAGCUGGUGAAUUCUAUUGCCAAAACGUAUGUGGGAACUAAUGCAUACAUGGCGCCAGAAAGGAUAUCGGGGGAGCAGUAUGGUAUCCACGCAGAUGUCUGGAGUGUGGGAAUCUCUUUCAUGGAGUUGGCGCUAGGCAUGUUCCCCUACCCACAGAUCCAGAAAAACCAAGGAUCUUUAAUGCCUCUCCAGUUACUGCAAUGCAUCGUUGAUGAGGAUCCUCCUGUGCUUCCCGUCGGUCAGUUCAGUGAGAAGUUUGUUCACUUCGUCACUCAGUGUAUGAGGCGGCACCCCAAAGAGAGGCCUGCCCCGAAUAACCUCAUGGAUCAUUCCUUCAUCAUGCAGUAUAACGAUGGCAAUGCAGAGGUGGUGUCGAUGUGGGUUUGUCGUUGCCUGGAGGAGAGGAGAGCUCAGCAGGCGCAGGGACGCAUGUGACCCCAUUUCAACUUUUGACCCCCAAUCCAUGAACUCUCACCAAGAGCUUAACGGUCAGCAAAGUCAACACUCACUGCACCACUGACCUGAUGUGGAUGGACAAAAAUGACCAGAUAUUAACUUAAAUAUUUUAUGGCCUGUGAGACAUUCUUCCCUUCAACGCGCUCUUGAAUGAUGACAGUGGAGAGCUUGUAUCCACUGUUGGGCCUUUUAUCGAAAAUUUCACCUGUUCUCUUGACACUCAGACACUCAUCAGAUCUCUGUAUAGCCUUCCCUCUCCAGACCCAAACUGAUCCCCACAUUGUUUGGGGCUGCUCCUAGAGGUAUGCACGCUGGUCUGAUUAACUGUCUAAUGCUUUACCAGUGAGAGUUCUCUAUCAACUGUUACGGUUUUUGCUUCUCAAAAUUUACCCAUUUUCAAUACUUUGAUUGUAAUUUUUGUGUCUUAAUUGUAUGAACCAGGCUGCUUGGUGACUUUAUCACAACAUAAAGCACAUCUGCCUGAAUUACCAUUAAGGGGCUUGCAAAAAGCAGAAGAACACUCUUUCUGUCCAGUCAAGUUUGAAUACUGACCUUCCUGGGAGUUUCUGUUGGUGAAGUAAAGCCUGCGCCCAAACAACAAUGGGCGCGAAUGUCAGUGGAAUAAAAUACUGACAAACGUCGCCAUAGCUUGGCAAGGUUACCGACUGUAGAAUUCACACUCGCAUCACGAGAACUGGGCGUUCUUUCAGUUUAAAGCUCUUUUUUUGCCUUUGUUGCCAUAUUGGACAUUUUCUCUCCAUUGUGCUGUUGUGUGAACUGUUGAAAUUCUGCUGAACCUGAUCUCAACUUUCAUUCAGUAACUAAUUUAUUUUUUUUAAGUGACAUGUUUUUUUUUUUUUUUUUUAUUUGACACCAAAACUUGUAAUUCAAGACCAAGCUGGGAUCACACAGAAAUAAUGGAAUUAUUAUUCAGUGUGCUUUACUGUGGAGGGCGUGUCAUUAAGGCAGAGCACUCAACACCAAAAUAAAUAUUGACAAGUCAAAUGGAGAUUGAUGUGGAUUUCAUAAGAUAAAGGCAAGAUGGUAAGUUAGGUGACUGAAGUAAAAUGGCAACUGUUUCGACAUGAUCUUUGAUGUUUUCCUCAAAUGGCCUUUUUCUGAGUGGAAAACCCGGAAGUUUUGUUGGGCGGCUGAUGAAAUGUUCAGUGAUCAAGUGCAAUUAAAUAUAAUCACUUUCAUAAAGGCAAAGCAGGUGUGGCCUACAGUGACAUGGGGCACUUUGGUGUGAGGAUCAGAGGAAAAGAUUUUUGAGAAAUAAUGACAGUGCAUCGGCACGAUACAAAAAAAAGGUUUGACUGUGGGUGUGAUGUGUACUGUCUUCUCUGCCUUGAUUGGUGUGUUGUUGCCCUCUGCAGUAAUGAGGGAAUAGAUGGAAGACAGAGCAAAACGUUCUCUAAACAUCAGUCACUGACCUAAGUUGAGAAUUCACUCUGUGUGUACCACUACCAUGUGUAUGGUUUGUGCACUGUAUACCAAUUAGUUUGGUCAAGCUUUACAGGAGGGAGCCUUGCAUCUCUUUCAGAGUGGACUUGGUUUGGCAUCUGUACUUUAACAUUUACAUUCCUGUGUAACUGACUGUGCUCCUGGGCCAAAGAUGGAAAAAAAUGUGUUGGAAAUCGCAGCAUCUUCAAUCCAAUGGUAAUCCGCUCACAAUCAGACUACAGCUGGGGAGGAAAAGUCGUUCUAGCAACUUCCAAUGGUUGUGAUCGAAUUUUAGGAAGAGAAACCUUCCAGUGAAUUUGACAUGUAAUUAUAUCCCCAAAAUGAUGGUGUCUGAGAUAUUACAGAUUUUCCUUGGCUUUUGCCAAGUCCGUUGCAGAUGCUAGUUCAAACCUUUUCAAAUUGCCGUGUACAUUAAUGACCCAUAGAGGCAGAACCCUGUUGACCUUGGUGAACCCAUGACCUCUCCUCUUGCCACACCCUCAAGUCACAUUUGUUUUGGGGAUAUACCCCGUUGUCGUUCACUGACAGCAGGCUUGUUCAUCACAGUUAUGGUUCUGUUUAUGAAGUAAAUAUUUCAUGGUAAAAUCUGUGUUGACUUAACCGUAUGAAUAGGAAUUUUCAUUAAUUAACACAGUCAGGAAGUGUGCAAGCUGUCUCUUUCCCUCCUCAUAUGAAAAAAUUGAUGGGUGCCAUCAACUGUCUCACUUUGAAACCUGUAAAUUGUGAACAACUUCUUUACUUUUACAUUUAUGCAGUUUCCUUGACGUUGGGAAGCACUAGUAUGCCAUCUUUCAAGAAAACAAAGUACAGUAGGCUACAACUUUGGUAUUUAGCAUAACUCAGAAAUGGAGGUUGCUUGAAUUGAGAAGAUAUUCCCAAUAACUGAAAUACAUCAACAUGUGACUUUCAACAGUUUUACAUGAUCAGUACAGUGUUUGUUGUUUGGUUAUUCCACUUAUUUUUUGUUUGGAUUAGUGAAAUUCCACUAUAUUCUGAUUCCACUAUAUUCUGAUUACAACUGUCUGACAUUUGUCCACAUAACCUUAAGUUGGCCUUAACUAUAAUUAAAGCUGUAAAUACUUUUAUAUUUGGUAAAACCAUUAAAUUAAUUGUUUUCAACAGCAGUACCAUAAUGCCUAGUGGCCCUCUAUGAACACUUGGUAGGUGUUAAUUGAAUUACUUCUGUAUGAAAAGAAAGACAUUUUCUGUAUAACUGUUAAAUUCCUAUGAACAGUUGUACUGUGAGCUCCAACAGUUUAUUUUCAGUUUAAUUUCAUUUUGAUAAAUAUUGUAUUGUUUAUGUAACCUUUUGGCUUUCUCACUUUGACUGUGAUUUCAAAGACACAUAUAUCUAAUAUCAGUGGAAAUAUUUAUUUCCAUGAUGAAUAGAAUGUUGUUUUUUUGUUUGUUUUGUUUUGUUUGUUGCAUUAUUCCACUUAUUUUGUACUCAGCGACACUGAGCCCAAGAAAAAAUUCCCCACGGGGGCAAUAAAGUAUAUUGUAUGGUA